GUACACCAUGUGCUGACCAAAUUAAAACAGGAGCCAAACACACAUGGGUGCAUGAAGGCAGAUUCUCUCUGUAUGAUAAUAAUAGUGCUAAAGUCUUCUGGGUGGUCAUGAGAAACCUCACUGUGGAGGAUUCUGGAACCUACCAGUGUGGAGUGGAUAUAAAAGUAAAGAUAGACAAGUACAAACCAGUGAGACUGAAUGUAAAGGAGGAUCGUUACUAUGGAAAGUCCAUCAAUGAGACUGACUAUAUAGGAGGAACUGUGAACAUUAGCUGCAAUUACCCAGAAUCCCACAGGAGGGAUCCUAAGUUUCUAUGCAAGACAGUGGGCACUGCUGUUUGUACUUAUAAAACAUCAGUUAAAGAGAGUGGAAGAUGGAUACGUGAGGGACACAUGUCUCUAUAUGAUGAUGGAACAAAGCACAUCUUGACAGUGACCAUCAGACAUGUAACAGGUCAAGACUCUGGACAGUACUGGUGUGGAGUUGAAUCAGACUGGAAAUCUGAACAGGGAUAUAACAUUUAUAUCAGACAGAUCUACCUGAGAGUAACUGGUGUGUACCCAGUAACUCCAUUAGUGCAGUUAUCCACGUGGUCAGCUCACCACUCCCCAUCACCUGCUCCUUCAAUCCAACCUGAACACAGAGACUCUCCACCAGCAUUUCCUGGUCUGGCCAUGUAUUCCUCUAUUGCUGUCAGUCUAGUGUUGGUUAUAGCUGGUGUGAUUACAGCAAUUUACUGCAAAAUAAAGAGAAAAGAACCAGAGACAGUAACACAGUCUAGAGAGAUAAAUGAAGAUUAUGUUAACAUCCUAACAAUUUCUGCUUUUCAACAACAACAAAAAAAACAAUCAGAGUCUGUCUAUCAGAAUUUCAGUCUCAAAUGUAACCAUUAAGAUUCAGUGUAAAAUCAAAAAAUUCUGAGCACAGAGACUAACCGUAUCUAUUAUCUGCAUCACACCAACAUAGUCUAAUGAAAGUGGGUCUUUUAGAUACAAGUUUGAGAAGUUACCUACAUUUAACAACUCACCACUGUUCACCUGCUUGUCUAUAUAUUAUUUGUACUUUACCCAUAAUGUGUACAUUUGUCUAAAUAUUAUAUGUACUUUACACAUUAUGUGCACUUUGUCUUUACUCUGACUUAUUAUUUAUUAUAUGCAGCUGAACAGGUCAACAGGUCAACAAUGUCAUGUUAACAUUACACAUAAUGUGUAAAGUACAUAUAAAGACAAACAUACACAUUAUGUUUAAAGUACAUUUAUAGACAAACUUACACAUAAUGUAUGUACCAGUCAAUGUUAUGUAAAAUGAUGUUGGUUGACACCAAAUGUUUACCUUAAAUAAUAUAAACAGUAAAAUGUUAAGGGGGGCUUACGCUGUUAAUGUCCACAUGCGCUAAACAAAGGCAAUCGUGCCAUCUAGUGGAAAUGUUCUGAAAAUUAAAACCCUGUUCUUGUGCAGCAGGGUGCAACCUAUCUGUAACUGGUUGUACUCUAUCUAUCUAUUGGGGUAAUGUGGAUAAUUUGUUCACCACUUUUGUGUCUGUGCGCUUGUUCUAUAUAUCAUUGUUAUACCUCACAAAGUAAGCAGGUAGACAGUAUACAUUUUAAAUUUCAUUUUAGGUAAAUAAUAUGUUGAUAAAAUUAUUGUAGCGAAGAGCAAUGUUUCAUAAUAGGUAUAUUUCAUGAAUUAUUUCAACUCUGCAUUGUUUUUUUGUUUUUUGUUUUGUUUUGUUUUGUUUUUUUCAUUUUUUAGAUCUUUAACAUUUGUGCUAAUGACUUUACUCUGAGUAUCCUCUAGAUGGAAGUAGAGCUCUUUUACCACAACAAAUCUGCCAUAUCGCUGAUCCUUAUUUACACUGUCAAAACAGACAAAAGCAUGCUAAUACCUGACUAUCACUCCUAUAUGAGCUUGUUGUAUAU